UUUUUUGGCGUCCCCUUUUAUGAUGAAUUUUGGUUCAGAUUCAUCCGUUUGAGCUUUGUUUUGUGCUAUAAUUUCAAGCUUAGAUUAUGGAGUUUUUCGGUGGCAUGGUUUCGAUUUCAUUGUUCUCCUUGGUAUCUGUUAUAUGCAUUUGCUGAUGUAGUCAUUUAGAUGUCUACAACGAAGUCUGACACACAGAAGCAUUAGAUAUUCAACUUUUGUGACGUUGAAUAUCUGAAGGCUCCGUUAAUCAUGGUAUCAAAAUCUUGUACAAACCUUCUUGAUAUGUGUUCUGAUGAUGUAUUUGAUUUCUGUCAUCCUAUAAGGUCACUUCCCCUUGUAAUGACUGCCCCUCGAAUGAUCACCGACCUCGAAAGAGACACAAGCAGUGAUGAAGAUUCAGAUGAUUCAGCACCAAUUGUUCGAGACCGAAAAAUAAUUGUCGCCAACUUCCUUCCAGUGAGUUCUCAAAAGGAUCCAAUUAGUGGGAAAUGGAGUUUCACACUGGAUGAGGAUUCUAUUCUUGUUCAGCUGAAAGAUGGCUUCUCUCCUGAUACUGAAGUCAUCUACGUCGGUAGUCUGAAGGCUGAUGUAGAUACUGCAGAGCAAGAAGAUGUCGCUCAAAAACUUUUCAAGGAACAUAAAUGCAUUCCAACUUUUCUCCCACCCGAACUCCACAAGAAGUUCUAUCAUGGCUUCUGCAAGCAGCACUUAUGGCCUCUUUUCCAUUACAUGCUUCCUUUCUGCCUCGACAAAGGUGACCUCUUCGAUCGCUCUCUUUUCCAAGCCUAUGUUUCUGCCAAUAAAAUAUUUGCUGACAAAGUUAUGGAGGCAAUUAAUUCUGUUGACGAUUAUGUUUGGGUUCACGAUUAUCAUCUAAUGCUUCUCCCUACUUUUCUAAGGAAAAGACUAAGUAGGGUUAAGCUCGGUUUCUUUCUCCACAGCCCAUUUCCCUCCUCGGAGAUUUACAGAACUCUCCCUGUUAGAGAUGAAAUCCUGAAGGCAUUGCUUAAUGCAGAUCUAAUUGGCUUCCAAACAUUUGAUUAUGCUCGCCACUUCCUCUCUUGCUGCAGUAGAAUGCUUGGGCUAAGUUAUGAAUCUAAGCGUGGCUAUAUUGGUAUAGAGUAUUUUGGGCGCACAGUGAGCAUUAAGAUUCUUUCUGUGGGUGUUCACAUUGGCCGGCUUGAAUCUGUGUUGAACUUUCAGGCUACGCUCGACAAGGUGCAAGAGAUCAAACAACAGUACAAGGGGAGAAAAUUAUUAUUAGGCGUCGACGACAUGGAUAUCUUCAAAGGAAUCAGUCUAAAAUUUUUAGGGCUAGAGCUUCUGUUGGAGAGGAAUCCCGAGCUUAGAGAAAAAAUAGUGCUUGUCCAAAUUGUAAAUCCUGCGAGAAGCACCGGAAAAGAUGUCAAGGAAGCAAGAGAUGAAGCAAUCACUGUUGCUGAAAGAAUCAACCUUACCUAUGGUUCCAAACAAUAUCAACCUAUAGUACUUAUCGAGAACCCUGUAUGUUUUUAUGAGAAAGUUGCUUUCUAUGCGGUAGCUGAGUGUUGCAUAGUGAAUGCUGUUAGGGAUGGUAUGAACUUAAUCCCGUAUGAAUAUAUUGUAUGCAGGGAGGGAACCAAGGAGAUUGAUAAUUGUAGAGGUAUUGAAGUUAAUUCUCCUCAUACAAGCACACUUAUAGUGUCUGAAUUUGUGGGUUGCUCCCCAUCUUUAAGUGGAGCAUUUAGAGUGAACCCUUGGAGUGUGGAAGAUGUGGCUGAUGCUUUAUAUCGAGCAAUUGACUUAACUGAACCAGAGAAGCAAUUGAGGCAUGAAAAGCAUUACCGUUAUGUUAGUUCUCAUCAUGUUGCUUACUGGGCUCGUAGCUUUGCCCAAGAUCUUGAGAGAGCAUGCAACGAUCACUAUAAAAGGAGGUGUUGGGGUAUUGGGUUUGGAUUGAGCUUCAGAGUUCUUGCCCUUUCUCCUGAGUUUAGAAAGUUGUCAGUUGAUCAUCUCGUUUCUUCUUACAAGAAAACAUGCAGAAGGGCGAUCUUUCUGGACUAUGAUGGGACUAUAAUGCCUGAGGCGUCCAUUAGUAAAACUCCAAGCAGAGAGAUAAUCUCUAUCCUGAACAGCUUGUGCAGUGAUCCAAAGAAUAUAGUAUUUAUUGUCAGUGGUAGAGGAAGAACGUCCCUUGAUGAGUGGUUUGCUUCGUGUGAGGCCCUUGGUAUUGCUGCUGAACAUGGGUAUUUUAUCAGAUGGAAUAAAGCUGCUGAGUGGGAAACCGAUUCAGUGAUCCUUGAUUCUGAGUGGAAGAAGAUUGCAGAACCUGUUGUGAAAUUAUAUACCGAGACAACUGAUGGUUCUUUCAUAGAGUCAAAGGAGAGUGCCAUCGUAUGGCAUUACCAAUAUGCAGACCAUGAUUUUGGCUCUUGCCAAGCUAAAGAGCUGUUGAGUCAUCUGGAGAGUGUACUCGCAAAUGAGCCUGUGGUGGCUAAAAGGGGCCAGCACAUCGUGGAAGUGAAACCUCAGGGAGUUAGCAAGGGGCUGGUUGUGGAGAAACUCCUUAGAACGAUGGUCCAUAACGGGAAGCCGCCGGAUUUUGUGAUGUGUAUUGGGGAUGAUCGAUCUGAUGAGGAUAUGUUCGAAAGCUUAAGUGAUACGGCAAAUAGCAAACUGUUCCCUUCAGUUCCAGAGGUAUUUGCAUGCACAGUUGGCCAAAAACCGAGCAAAGCCAAAUAUUAUGUCAACGAUACCACCGAAGUAAUACGAUUAUUGAAAGCCAUUGCUUCUGUUUCGACUCAGAACGACAAGGAUACCCGCAGUCAUGUUUCCUUCAAAUUGCCACCUGAGAUUGUUGAAUGAGCCCAUUACUCAUUUUCUUUAAUUGGUGGGGGAUUGUGUACAUUAUAUGGAUCUUCGAGCAUCGUGUUACCAUAUUUUUGGCAAUAUUCAGUAACUGCGUACUUCGGGUUCUUUUCGGUGCUAUUGCAAGCCAAUAUGACAACAAUUCUGGGAUGACAUGGAUCUUCAUUUUUCUCCGUCAUUCUUCACUCUGUUUUUUUUUUUCCCUCUACAAAACUGAUUAGCUUUUCGGAUAGGCUUUUAAUAUAAUGAAGGGCUCAUCUGGUUUCACAUCUUCUUUGUAGUAGCUUCUUCCUGUUGAAAUGUACAUAAUAAUUUUCCUCCCCUUUUGCUGUUCCAACUCUCUUGCAAACUAUGUACUCUGCUUUGUGCACCUUUUAGCGUUACAGAUCUUUCCGUAAAGCUA